UUUAGCUGUGUGGUAGUUUUGUAAACUCUAUUGGGUGUCGGACCGACGAUGAAGUUGUACGCCAGUCGUUUCACAUCGCACGUGGAACGCACACCGCACUAUGUUCCCGAACCUUACGUUACUACAGAUCGCACUUGUCGCUCUCACCACCGUGUCCUGCGAGGUCGCCAGGGACAGACGAGGAAGGCGGAAGAACGACGAACCUGACAAAGCUUUAUGGAAGAAAGUUUAUGAGGACGAACUGAAUGACGCCAUGCUGUCAACCAGGAAGCGGGAGAACCACACGCGGGCGGUGCAAAGCUCCGCGCAGAAUGAUAACGAAGCUGUCUUGGAGAAGCUCAUGGAAAGCAUCACUUCCAGUGAAAAAUAUCUCAAAAAAGUUGACAGCAUAGAAUUUCGACUCAACAGGCUGGACAUUGAAGUUCACGAGAAGACGAAUGCAAUCCUGAAGGUUCUCACAGAGAUUUCGAAAGCUCUUCGCAGUGAAACAGCAUGUGCUCAGAAGAUGGAGACCAGUCUGAUGUCACUGAAGUCUGACGUGAAUUCCAUCAAGUUCUAUGUGGAGAAGGUUCCUAUGCAGCGAACUGGUGUGUCAAGUCCGUUAGCAUAA